AUGGUGAUGCAAAUUUUUGGAAGGAUGACUGGCUUGGCACAGGUUACCUUUCUGUUAAAUAUGAUGAAGAAGGUUAGAGACUUGAUUGAUAAUGAAGCUUGGAAUCUGGACUCACUACAAGGAAUUCUACUCCAGGAUGACAUCAAUGAAAUAGAGAGUAAAGAUGUUACACUAUCAAAUGAAGCUGAUGACUGGAUUUGGCAGCAUGAUACUCUUGGAAAAUUCUCUCUCAAAUCAGCAUUCAAUCACCUGCGGAGAAGACAAGAAUCAUCCCAACAAUGCACUUAUAUAUGGGACAAAAGGCUUCAGCUGAAGAUUUCGAUCUUCAUGUGGCGAUUGCACAACAAGUUACUUCCUUUUGCUGAUGUUUUAAUGAAAACAGGACUGAAUAUUCCCUCUGUGUGUUCUUUAUGCAGGAAUCAUGUUGAAAGCAUUCGGCAUAACUUCUUUGAAUGUUCUUAUGCUAAACACAUUUGGAGACAUUUUGGAGCGAUUAUGGGCUUUGCAAACAAUGAAAUUUUGGAUUUUGAUGAUCUUUCAUCUAUAUGGUGGACAAGAAGACAAUCUUCAAAGCUGACUUGGAAGCUACAGAUUCUCCUCCCAUCUCUCAUUUGUUGGCAGCUGUGGAAAUGUAGGGAUAAAGCUAUUUUUGAGUCAACAAUAAUCUCUCCACACAUUGCAGUGAAGCUUAUUGUCCAAGAUCUACACAUUAUGGCAAAAAGCGGUGCCUUUUAA